AAUUUCCCAAGCAGCCCUUUCUCAUUCUUCCUUAUCAUCAUUACUAUACAUUAUACAUACUUAACACGGGACGCAGUGUUCCUCUCCUCAUAGUCCGGCUUCAAGUCUCUCUUUCUCCCUGCCUCUCUUAGUCUCCCGCUGACUUGCAUUCUACGGAACCUCGCAAAGCAAAAUUCUAACCCAACUCUCCAAACCACGCUCCUAUCAGUUCAUUCUUUGUUACCCCUUCAUAUCACGUCUUGAUGGUUUCAUCCGACUCCAAAGCUACCGCCGUAGCUUUUAACCGCCGGAUCACCUCGAAGUUGAUCCUCGUCACUCUUUGCAGCUCCUUCGUCACUAGCACAGCGGCUCACGAAUCUCAUGAGUUUUGGGGUCGUCAAGCCCCUGCUGCACCAGUUUCAUCUGCUGUAGCUGCUUUGCCUACAACAAUGCCGGUGCCAACCCCCGUCACUUCUUCACCGGGAGAUCUUCAAACGUUAAACUAUCCUCCAAUUAUGAAAUCCAUGGCUCCUUCAACCAUGACUGCCCUUCCGGCCACUUACACUGCGGGAACCGCCUCUCCUAUUCGUGGCGCUCCUCCGCUACCUUCAACUAAUUUGAACGUUGCGUUGUAUCCAGCAUUGGAUCGUCUUCCUCCUCUAGAUUCUCCAUUAGUCAAAGAAUGGAUGAGCAAAAUUGAUUGGAGCAAGGCCCCAACGAGCAAUCCUACCGGCUUAGGUGGCUGUAUGAACGCCACCAACGCAGAUGCCGUAGCCAAGUCCGGGAAAGACGAGAACUGCUGGUGGACCUGUGGUGGCUGCACGCGACCCACAGAUAUCGUCUCCUGCCCCGACAAGGCCACCUGGGGUGCUAGUUUUGACGAUGGGCCCUCGCCCGACACCCCGACUUUGUUGAACUACUUGGACCAACAAAAGCUUAAGACCACGUUCUUCGUGGUUGGAUCAAGAGUUCUCAGUCGACCCGCAAUGUUGCAAUACGAGUACCAAUCAGGACAUCAGAUAUCCGUCCACACUUGGUCCCAUCCUUACCUAACCACCCUCUCCAAUGUGGAGAUUGUCGCGGAGCUUGGUUGGUCAAAGAAAGUGAUCAAAGAUGUUCUGGGUGUUACACCUAACACCAUGCGUCCUCCUUACGGUGAUAUCGAUGACCGGGUGCGCUUUAUUGCCAUGUCAAUGGGGCUAACUCCUAUCAUCUGGACAACUGCACCUUCUGGACAAACCUUUGAUACCCAGGAUUGGAAAAUCUCCACUGGGAUCGUCACCCCCGCUCAAGUUUUGAAAAAUUUCCAAUCUAUCAUUGCCGGAGCUCCAGACCUUCCCCAAGGGUUCAUUGUGUUGGCACACGAUCUCUACCCUCAAAGUGUUGCGCUUGCUGUGGAGUUUGUUUUACCAGCAGCAAUCGCUGCUGGAAACUUGACCAUCGAGCCGAUCAUCACCUGUUUGGGCAAGCCUCUCUCCGAGGGCUACAUCGAAACCGCAAACGGUGGCAACGCUUCUUCAUCCCCAACUUCCAGACGCGAAACCUCUCAAACCUCAGUCAACGCGCCUUCAAAGGCUGCUAACGCUGCCAAACCUUCGAUCUCUAUUAGCUCUCAAAACACCCGAGACUUAGUUAUUUUUGUUUCUGCAGCCGCAUUAGCUAUACUUAAUGUAUACUAAACUCAACGAGUUUACUUGACGCAUUUUUUAUAUCUUAUCUUAUUUCAUUUGUUUUUUUUCUUCGCAUCUGUCAAAGCCAG